AUGCACCGAUUUAUAGUUACGCUUGUGAUGCUGGGCUUCAGCUGCGCGACCCAUGCAGCCGAGUGGCGCGCCGAUGCCCAUGCUCGCACAGGCUUGCCCGUAAAAGUUGUCCGCGACAUCCCUGCCCUGGACAACCCUGAAUUGAUCUCGCGUGUCCAACAACUUGCGCAAGCCAUUGAGCACACACCCACUAACGCUACAAAUGUCACCGCAAGAAUGGAUAUAUUGCGUGACUAUCACAACGCGCUUCAGAAUAGCGGGUAUUUGCUCAACUAUCGGAUAGCCGCUGAACUCAACCAGGCGGAGGCUAUGGCCAUCGCCGGUUCGCUCAAAAGCAACAGUCAUCUGAUUAGGAUUCUUGACCAGCGAUUUCGGGAGCUUAGCAAGGCACAACAGCUGCGCAACGCGACGGGUCGAGUAAUCCUUAAAUCUCCCAGGCAACCGGUGCUGGUGGCAAAAACCUACACCACCGUCCGAUUCAACUAUGUAGUGGAAACUCCACUGGAAGCAGGUGCUCGGAUUCGCCUUGGCCAGAACUGGUACUCGGAUCUUGGUCGAAUCCAGUUCACUCGACCGCUCGAUGCCAACUUCGCAACGGUAACCAGCAAUCGUGAUGACGUAGAGUUUGUGACUUCUUCUCGAAUCUGGUUCGGCGGUUCCUUCACGGGUUUGUCCGGCGGAAAUCGACCAAUGAUUGCGGUCAAACAAGGCCGUUUGGAACGCGGCGAUGUUAUUACCUUAACGAUUGGCGAAACUCGCGAUGGCAGCCCAGGCUGGCUCAUACAAAGCUUCACCAGUGAUGCCAUGGACCUACGCAUUGAAUCGGAUUUCAAUGGUGAUGGAAUAUUUGUCCCGGUUGCCCAACCUCGUUUUCGAGUGAUCGGCAAAGAUGCGAGCCAGAUCCGCGUCGUUGCGCCCAGUGUUGUGCGCCCGGGCGAGCCAAUGACGGUUCGCGCAAGCGUCGAAGAUGCUUACUUCAAUCGCGCUUCACGUGAUCUCCCUGGACGCACAGAGCUGUGGUACGAAGGCGAGCGUAUUGCUACAACCCAAUCAGAACGAGGCGAUCCAGCAACUUUCAUCUUCAAAGAUAUAUCGGUACCCAUCAACGAAGAAAAAGCUGCCUGGCUUGAAGUCAGGAGCGCGGAUAAUCGGUUAGCUGGCAUCAGCAAUCCUAUCGUCGCACGCCGCAACAGCCCGCGUCUGUACUGGGGCGAACUGCAUGGUCACGAAGGCUACACAGACGCAAACGGCACUCCCGAGUGGUAUAUGAACUAUGCAAAAGAUGUGGCAUUCCUUGAUUUUGCCUCACUGACUGGACACGACAUCAUGUUAUCUGAAGUGCAUUUCAGACAUAACUAUCUCGUUACUGACGAGUACAACCUGCCUGAUGAUGGGUUCGUCACUUUUAGAGCUUAUGAGUGGACCAACAACUGGCGUUACGGUGGUCACCACAACGUUUUCCUGCUGGAUGACAAGCAACAAGCGAUCACUGUAAUGCAAGCGCCACAAAUUCGCGACAUGGUUCGGUUACACCGUGAGUACAACGGCAGCGAUAAGGUACUGAUUAUUCCGCAUGCACAUCAACCGGGAGAUUGGGACGUUGCCGGCGCUGACCUUGUGGAGAUCUUCUCCCAGCAUGGCUCGUUCGAAUGGUUCGGUCGUGAAUAUCUACAGAAAGGGCAUCGCGUAGGCAUCAAUGCAGCCUCCGACGACCACUUGGGCCACCCAGGCAACGCGCCAUCCCGAGGACGCACAAGGGGUGGGUUGGGAGCUGUAUUUGCCGACCAGCUGACGCGCAAAGACGUCUUCAGUAAUCUCAAAGCGCGACAUACUUAUGGCACCUCAUUCGCCCGCAUAUAUUUAGAAACCCAGGUAGCAGGCGCCUCCAUGGGAGACACUGUCAACACUACAGGGGAGACCCUGGUCAGUGGCUUUACCGCGGGUACAAACGAACUGGCUGACAUUACCUUGAUCGUUAAUGGUGAAGAGACUCAGCAACACCGUUUCGAUGAGGCUAUGGACAACAGUAACCGUCUGCGAUUUCGUCUUACACUUGAUUCAUCACCGGGCGAAAACCCUAACGCGCCAAGAACACCGCGCCGGGACAUGCGUUACUGGGGUCGACUGUUUGUGCACAAAAUCGGAGAAGAAAUUGGCACCAGCCGUGGCAGCAAGGCGAGCACACAAAUCAGCAGCGUCCAGCCCCUUGGCAUUGAACCCUAUGCAGAUCGCAUAGAGCAGGCUGGAAAUCACGAGGCUACUUUCACCUUCCGACUUCGCGGCGAUCAUGAUGGAGCCCUCAUAGACCUCGCCAAUCUGAACGACAGCGAUGUAAUAACCCUCCGCGUUCUAUCUUCUCCGUUGUAUGAGACAGAACAUUGGAACAUACAGGAGCUGCCGCGACUGCCAGGCGAAUAUUUCAACAUUGACGUUCCAGACCAGGAAAUUUUGCUCGAGGAAACCAUGACGAUUGCCUCUCUGCGACAGAAGGUAUGGACACGCGAAUUUGAUGAACGUGCUUCAGCCGACCUGACUCUUGUUGGGCCAAAGUUACCUAAACAACAGGCAUUCGAGUUCAAACUCACUGAAGACGACGGUCUGCGGCCGGGCGAAGACAACUAUGUCUACGUUCGCGUCCGGCAGCUGGACGAUGAGACCGCCUGGUCAUCACCGACAUUUAUCCAAUGUCUCGAGCGACACGUCCACGAGCCUGGCAGUUUUUAUACCGCGAUUUCUUUCGGCAAUGAUCGAAUUGACCUUCUUUAUACAGCGCCGACAACGGCACUGAAUUCAGGUCCACACAUCUCAGUGCAGGCUGCUUCUACACUCGUCGCGAAUCGCUUUUCCCUGCGCAACAACGGUUUACCUUGUACCGGGCGUGUUGUCGACAGCGUCGAUUACGAUGCUAUUGACGCAUGGCAAUUUGAAAUGUCCUUCAACUGCACCGGGCAGAUCGAAGAUGUGGACAUUGACUACGCGCCACUUGUCGAUGAAGCAUGGCACACAAAUCAUGUCGAGUUACAAAUCGGUACACAGGUUUCGUUUGAUCAGUUCGAUCGGAAACAGACAUCCAUUAUGGUGCCGGUAGGCCAGAUUCUGUGGCUGCACAACUGGACGUUACCCGAUAAACCCGCAGAACUUUCCGGCAAAGCGCCCAGCAUAAGCGACUACUUUUUCUUGGGCUUCGACCAUGUUCUGACAGGGUGGGAUCAUCUUGCCUUCCUGCUGGGCCUGCUCGUCGUGGUAUCCCGCCUGAGAUCAUUGUUAUUGCUGAUUACCUCAUUCACGAUUGCCCAUUCGAUUACGCUCGCUAUCUCAGCAUUAGAUAUCUUCACCCUCAAUGUCAGGCUGAUCGAAGUCUCCAUAGCGCUGACCAUUGUCUACAUUGGAGUGGAAAAUCUUAUCCAGCUGUGGCGUAAGGCAGAACCGUCAAUACUAAGACGCUGGUUAACAACGCUUAUCUUCGGCUUAAUUCAUGGCUUCGGAUUCUCAUUCCUGUUACGCGAAAUCGGAUUGCCAGAUGAGGAGUUUCUACCUGCUCUACUAUUGUUCAACAUCGGUGUAGAAGCAGCGCAGAUUACAGUCGUAGCCGUCCCAUUUGUGAUCGCCAAACAUUUCCUGCAUCGCCUGCCGCAGUGGCAAUGGAUCGCCUGUGUUCUCUCUUUCGGUGUGCUGCUCGCAGGAAGCUGGUGGCUCAUCGAACGAUUACUGCCUUGA